CUCUGCGUAUCACACACACCUCCUGUGAGUCAGCUCCAAAUAAUCUCGGCGCGUGGUCCUCCUAGGAGAGUCUCCUUCCGCUUCAUCAAUUCAUUCUUGUUUACUGUUACAGACACCUAACGACCACUACCAGAAGCGUCAAAAUGGAGGAGGAGCCAGGUCACAGGUGCCUGUAACUCCAGUUCCAGAAGACGGAUCUGACACCCUCUUCUUGCCUCUGCCUGGGCUCCAAGCACGCUCGUGCUACAUGUAGUGCAAAAAGAGCUGAGAGAGAAGUGCCCUGAAGAAGUGACCACAGGACUGAGAAUGAAAAACACUCAUCUUGGACUAUACAGCCUACAUCGUAACACAAGCUCUGCCUCCGUCCGCUGCUGAGAUGAGUAGCCACCUGUGUAUUUGGCGUUUUCGGAGUCCAUUUCUUAGAGCUUGCCCCGGGAGACGCAUCUUCUUUCAGCAAUUUGGACAGAGAAGUCUUGAUACACGGCUGUGGAAUUUUAGACAAAACAAGCCUCACGUGCUCCACCUGUUGUUAAAUAAGGAUUGGUCCAGGAGCUGCUGUCAUCAAGAUACAAGGAUGCUUUGGAAACAUAAAGCCCUACAGAAGUAUAUGGAAGACCUGAAUAAAGAGUACCAAACCCUGGACCAAUGUUUGCAUGAUAUCUCUGACAAUGAAGGAGACCCGAGGGCCUUACGCAGAAGGCAUGCUGAGUUGGCACCACUUGCAGCUGUCUAUCAAGAAAUUCAGGAGGCCGAACGAGCCAUUGAAGAAUUAGAGUCAAUGUGUAAAAGUUUAAAUAAUCACGAAGAAAAGCAGUUGCAAGAACUUGUAUCAGAAGAAAGACAAAUCAUUGAUCAAAAGAUCAGCUUACUGUAUCGUGAGCUUUUGGAGCAUCUAGUGCCAAAGGAGAAGUAUGACAGAAGUGAUGUUAUUUUAGAGGUGACAUCUGGAAGAACCACUGGAGGUGAUAUUUGCCAACAGUUUACCCGAGAGAUAUUUGACAUGUACCAGAAUUAUUCAUACUAUAAACACUGGAAAUUUGAGCUGCUGAAUUACACACCAGCAGAUUAUGGUGGACUGCAUCAUGCAGCUGCCCGCAUUUCUGGUGACAGUGUCUAUAAGCAUCUGAAGUACGAAGGUGGGAUCCAUCGAGUUCAGCGGAUCCCAGAGGUGGGCCUUUCAUCGAGGAUGCAGCGAAUUCACACAGGGACAAUGUCAGUCAUUGUCCUCCCACAGCCAGAUGAGGUAGAUGUGAAAGUGGAUCCCAGGGAUUUGCGAAUAGACACAUUUAGAGCCAAAGGAGCAGGUGGGCAGCAUGUUAAUACAACAGACAGUGCUGUGAGGCUUGUCCACAUCCCCACAGGACUGGUAGUAGAGUGCCAACAAGAACGAUCACAACUCAAAAAUAAAGAAAUAGCUUUGCGUGUGUUGAGAGCUAAACUCUACCAACAGAUAACUGAGAAAGACAAGUCUCAGCAACAGAAUGCUAGAAAACUGCAGGUGGGAACAAGAGCCCAGUCAGAGAGGAUUCGGACAUAUAAUUUCACCCAGGAUAGAGUCACUGACCACAGGAUAGCAUAUGACGUUCGUGACAUUAAGGAGAUUUUACGUGGUGAGAAGUGCCUGGAUCAGCUAAUUCAGAGACUGCUGCAAUCAGCAGAUGAAGAGGCCAUUGCUGAAUUAUUGGAUGAAAGCCUUAAAUCAGUGAAAUAAAUGCAGAUUAUUAUUUAUUAUUACAUAAAUGAAAUCGGCUUUAAUCAAGAAACAAACAGGUGUGGAAAUCUUAGUGAACAGUCAAAGUAUAGAUAAACCUACAGACUUUUUAUAGAAAUCAUUUCAAUGAAUGGAAGUCACAUUUCUUGACAUAGAGGUUUAUUUUAGGUUUCAGUAAAUAAUCUAAUUCUCAAAGUAAGAAAUAAGCUUAUAACAUCAAAAAGAGAAAUAAAAUAUUGAGAAUUGAUUGUGUAA